AUGCACCUCCAAACGGGCAAAAAACAUAUCCGGUGCUUUUCGGGAAAAAAUUCUGACUCUUCAUUUCGGGAUAGAAAAUGGACGACAAGGCCGGAGAAGGCGGGAAAAAAACAGGAAGAGCACAAAUUAAAAAGGGAAAAAAGGCAAAAAAGACAAGAGGCGGGAAGAAGGAAGGAAAAAUGA